AGCCUCGCGAGGAGAGGUUGGAGAGAGAGAGACAUGGAAAGACAGAGACAGAACGAGAGAAUUCAGUUGCCUUUGGUUUUCCGAAGCGGGCAGCUUGCGGGUUUGGGGUAUGUGUGUGUGUGUGUGUGUGUGUGUGUGUGCGCGUGAGUGUGUGUGUGUCUUGUUUUCUUUCCUCCCCUCUGGCAGGGGGGCCAGGCCUCCACUGGAUCAUAAAAGGACUCAGAGGCGAGGCAGGCAGAGCAAGCCAGUGGAGGGACAUAGCAGCAGUGUGCGGACACGCGCGCGAGGAGGCAGGAAGGGAAAGAGGGAAGAGCAGAGGUGAGGGCGUGUCUGGGGGCGGGAGCGUGAGGCGGUGGGAGGAAGCGGAGCAGCUGUGGUAUUUGGAACAAUUAUAAAUAGCCGCCUGGACAGAGCUUGGCCAAACAGGGCUUUGCAGCUGCGGCGUCUGUGCAGGCAAGCCUGGCCACUGUUGGCCAGCGGCGGGUGCAAACAGGGCUCGGAGAUAGGUGGUGGACAGGCCCAGUCCCAGGGCUCUGACUCGACACCCCUCACCAUCACCACAUCUCUGGAUGCCCUCCCCACCAGCCAUGCUGCUGGGUGGCCUCCUUCUCAUUGUGGCCUCUACAACCGUGGCCCAGCGGAGGGGGCAGGAGGCCACUGGGCGCCGCCGGGCCCACCGAGUCCAGCAUGGCCAAUGCAGCUACACCUUCGUGCUGCCAGAGCCUGAGCCCUGCCCACCCGAGCCUGAGGCCUUCGGGGCCUCUAACAGUCUCCAGAGGGACUCCCCAGCGGCCGCACUGAACCUAGGAGACUGGCCAAGCCAGCGGAUGCGACAGCUGGAAAAAAUGCUGGAGAACAACACGCAGUGGCUGCAGAAGCUGGAAAGGUACAUCCAGAUGAACCUGAGGCUGGAGCUGGCACAGGCCCAGCAGCACAUGGUCCAGAACCAGACAGCCACCAUGCUGGAGCUGGGCACCAGUCUCCUGACCCAGACCACCGCCCAGACCCGCAAGCUGACCGACGUGGAGGCUCAGGUCCUGAACCAGACAUCCCGAAUGGAGAUCCAGCUGCUGGAGACCUCACUGUCCACCAACAAGCUGGAGAAGCAGCUGCUGCUGCAGGGCCAUGAGCUCCACCGGCUGCAGGGCCACAACAGCGCGCUGGAAACGCGGGUGCAAGCCCUGGAGACGCAGCAGCAGGCGGAGCUGGCCAGCCUCCGCGGCGAGAAGGAGCGGCUGCGGCGCCUGCUGGGCCGCCAGAGCGGCGCCCUCGCCGGCCUCGAGCGCACCCUGCGCGCCGCUAGCAGCAACUCCAGCCUCCUGCAGCGCCAGCAGCACCAGCUGCUCCAGUCGGUGCAGCGCCUGGUGCGCGUCAUGGCCCAGGGCCCGGCCUCCAUGAGGGCAGCUGAACAGGUGUUCCAGGACUGUGCAGAGAUCCAGCGCUUUGGGGCCAAUGCCAGUGGCAUCUACACCAUCCAUGUGGCCAAUGUGACGGAGCCCAGAAAGGUGUUCUGUGACAUGGAGGUCAGCGGAGGUGGGUGGACCCUCAUUCAGCGCCGUGAGAAUGGCAGUGUGAAUUUCCAACGGAACUGGAAGGAUUACAAACAGGGCUUUGGCAACCCAGCCGGAGAGCACUGGUUAGGCAAUGAAGUGGUGCACCAGCUCACCAGCAGGGCAACCUACUCUCUGCGAGUGGAGCUGCAAGAUUGGGAAGGCAACGAGGCCUACGCCCAGUAUGAGCACUUCCAGCUGGGCAGCGAGGGGCAGCUGUACAGGCUUUCUCUGAGUGGGUACAGUGGCUCAGCAGGGCGCCAGAGCAGCCUGGUCCUCCAGGGCACCAACUUCAGCACACGUGACGCAGACAAUGACAACUGCCUCUGCAAGUGCGCCCAGAUGCUGUCCGGAGGGUGGUGGUUUGAUGCCUGUGGCCUCUCAAACCUCAACGGCAUCUACUACCCAGCCCGUCACCACGUGCGCAAGCUCAACGGCAUCCGCUGGCACUACUUCCAAGGCCCCAGCUACUCGCUGCGCGCCACUCGCAUGAUGAUGCGCCCCUCGGGCAUCUAAGGGACAGCAUGCCUGGAGGCUGGUCCCACGGGAGGACUUGGCCGUGGUAUCCCCUGGACAAGCUGGACUCGAACACAGGACACAAUGCCAGGACCUUGUCCCGGACAGCCUGGGGGUCCCCUGAGCCAGCCCUCCUUGCCCCAGGAGUCCAGAAGAGUCGCCUCUGGCCCUUUUCCCCUCAAGUUGUGAAAUGGUGGACGUUUGGGGGUUCCUGCCUCUUCAGUGUCCCUUUUCCCUCUCCCCUCCUGCCUCCUGCAGGGCCCUCCUGCCCACCUGAGGGUUGCAGUAUCCUGAAUGAGUGGAGAGCAGAUUUAACUGGGCUCUGCAAAGGAAUAUGCAGCUAGUGGUGGAAUUUCAGGCAAGUGGGAAGGUAUUUACAGGAGGAAACUGCCCCGGUGGAGGCCCAGACGCUGUCCCCAGGUUGUUGGAAAGGCCAUCUCUUGUUCCAAGCUUUCUCACGUCCUUGAACAUCCUUGAACUUCCUGUUCAAGACUGAAGGAACUGUGUCCCCUAUAAUGGGAAUCGCCAUUUGCACCCACACUGUCCAUCACUUCUAUGCCCCAGCAUCUAAAGCUCAGACAUGGUUUCUCAGGGGCUCCAGGAGAUCUAAGAGGUACUCCUUUACCCCUAGAAUGUUCUAGAAUAUGUUCCAGGGAGAAUAAAGGUACCUGUGGUCUAAUGAGGGAGGGAAACACCAGGUUAAAUCAAUGUAGACAGGCAUUUUAGCUGCAGGCCUUGUCAGAGCCAUCAGUGUGGUCAUGUGCUUUGUGACUGCCCAUGAAAGGGCUAGAGUGGGCCACUUUCCCCAAAUUCACUUAUUUGAAAAUGGGGCCUGAUUAUCUCAGAGCAUCUCCUGGGGCUGUGGAUGCUCUUGGAGAAAAUUGGUUCUCCUGAGUCAUGAUUUAAACCCCAGGCCCCAUCCCCACCCCCAGCUGUUUUCACCUUUUUCAGCAAUGAGGGCCACCAUGACAUUUUCAGACAGCUUCUAAAAACAACUGGAAGGAGGCUUUGGGUUGAAACAGACAUGCUGUCACUGAAGAACUGUCUAGAACUAAGUCUUUGGUCUUAGAACUAAGCACUCCAACACUUCUCCGACCCUAGGAAGCCAGUUCUGGCUGGGGCUGCCCUCCACCCUUCUUGUGUCCCCAACUCACGCCAGCUCUCAAGUUUAGGGACUCUUGGGGACUGCCCACUCUGUCUUGAGCAGGACACCAAUUGCUGGGUCCAGAUCCUUCCUGCCUCCAAACCAGAACUCCUAGUCUCCCCCUCUCUCAUCCAAGAGCGAUGCUGCAGUUAUCCAUGGAGACGGCUUUGCUGAGUCUAGGCAACCAGGGGCUCCUCAUGAGCUUCUUUCAGGGGACAGGAGCAGAGAGGGGCCACGGCCACUCUGCCACCCACUCCCAUUACUGUGCCACCGGCGUCAAUCCUGAUGAGGCCACUGAAGCCCUGUUGUCCUCAGCCGACACCUGGGCCCAUUCAGGACAGACCUGCCGCCCACCCGGACACCCCUCUAUCUUCAGAAGGUUUUCUCCUUCAUGAGGCUGUGCAAUGGAAACAGGGCACCUUCGUCCCGCCUGGCACUGCCCCACCUCCUGAGUCCCACCUGUGCCAAUCCCCCGAGUCAGUCCAGCACAGAUUAGUGCUCAUCUCCUUCUGGGAAACCAAAGGCUGUGGUUGCUAAUGGUGACAGUUCAGGCAGGAGGGAAAAGUACCUAGGGGCAGGUUGCUGCCCAGAAGGCUGACACCACCUUAUCCAGCAUUUGCUAGGCGAGCCUUUAUUUAGCAUCUACUGUAUGCAGCGUGGUGCUGUGGGGCAGGACUUUGGAGUCAGACAGACCUGCGGCUCUGAACUUGAAACCAGUGGUCCGGCCUCUCAAGGUCUCGAUCGUCUGGUCUGUGAGAUGGAGAUGGUCUGUACCGGGGCAGAAGGAAAUGAGACCAUGUCUUUCAGCCUCUCAGCAGAGCCCAGCAGGAAGCAGGUGCCUAAUAAUGUUAGUUCCCAAAGAAGUGAAUGGGGUGGAGAAAUCAGCCCUAGUAGUACAUGCCACCCCUUCUCCUGGACCUAGGGAAGGUAAGUGCUUUAUUUUUGUAGCUACAGCAUUUUCUUUUUUUUUCACUGCAAGUGUAUAGGCACUGCUGGGAGCCCCAGGAACAGAGCUCCUCUGGGUGGGGUGAAGGCUCCAAUCCCUACCUGCAUCCCAGUUGUCUAAAAACACCAAGAACCCAAUUGGGGUAACCCUCACAUAUCUGUUUUUUUUAAAUGUUCAUCCUUCCUUUUUAACUUUCCUUCUUUCUCUGUGCCAGGACUCUCAAGUGCAAGGGACAGAAAACUUACCCUGAGGAGUGGAUUGACUCACAUACAGGGUGUCUAGAGAUAGAGUCGGGUGUGGUUAGAUCUGGGUGCUCAAACGAUGUCGCUCCUCACCUCUCAGGCCUGCCAUCCAUCACGCUGACCUCAUUCUCCAUCAGGUUCUCUCCUGACAGUGGCUCCAGCAACCUCAGGCUCGUGUUCUGCCUGCUUAACAUCCCCCAGCCAGAAAGCUCCCCUGUCCCAGUGAUUCCAACAAGAGCAGGAUUCUUUCCAGCCAGGACUCGUCCUGUGUCCAUCCUUGCAAUUACCACUGUGAUUCUGGUUAACCGGACCUGGGUCACACGAUCAUGCCUGGAACCAGGGACUGAGGUCAGUCCCCUCCAAGGCGUUGGAUUGGCCUUGGAGAAAAUGAGGAGCUGCUUCAGGAAGCAGGGAUGCUGGGCAGUCGAGAACAGGGGUUCACUUUUUCUCCUUCCCUCUUGCAGAUUCCCGGCUCUCAUCUCUAUCCCUGCCCCUUCUCCUAGCCUCUGUGCCCCCAAGGCCUGUCCCUUGGGCUCCAGCUAAUCCCCGGUUUGCCCCAGACUAUCAAGGACACUGCUGUGUCCUGCCCAGAGGUGUCAGACCCUAGUUCACAGUCCCGGCUCUGCCCCUGGAGCAGCACUGCUGGCCCUCUCUGAGCCUUUAUAGUUCCCAUCUGUGCUAUAAGGACCGAGCACCUGCGGAUGCCUAAAAGACAGCAACACUGACUCACCACGGCUGCAGACAUGAACAGCUAAAGGACUCUGGGUGCACAGGGUCCUGGGGCCUAGCUGGCAAGGCCUUGGCCUUGGCUGGGUCUCCUGAAGCCACUGCUUGCAGAAACUGCAAGGAUACCUACAUCUGCAGGUGCCUACAUAGAAGCCUUGUCACCUCUCUCUGCAUCAGACCAGCAUUCUCCCCAUCUUAGCAAUGAAGAAAUUAGAGCUCAGAGAGGGGAAAGAGUUUCAUCCAAGUAGCUCAGCCAACACCACCUCCAGCGCACUUGCAUCUUUCAGUUGCCUCCCUGGUCCAGAGCUCUCCGGAGGCAUCUUGGCAUCAACCACAAAAAGGCUGGAGUAGUGUCCUCUCCACCUAUAUCAAGGGCUGAACGAACCUUCUGGAAAGUUUUCCAAGACUAUUCUGUCUUUCCCACUGGCAUCUGGUAAAUCCUGGUGGAGCCAGGCAGGGAGAAUACAUUGUUCCUGAGAUCUCUGCAUGUUUCCAGCAAAGGCAGUUUCCACACUGGGGAAGAGAGUUCACUGUGCACAGCCCAGAGACAGCAACCAUGGGUGGGGUACAAGGUGGCCCUUUGCAGGGGGCAGGGGAGUAGCCAGCAUCAGGAUGGUUUGUCUCGGUAGAAAAGGGUAUUUGUCCCCUUUUUCUGGACUGUCCCACCUCCACAGUGUCCAUGUGGGCCUUCACCUCUCUCAUGAAAGAUGCUUUGGAAAGCUAACAGUGUUGCCUUGGCAAAAGCAGCAUCAGCAUCUUUUGAUGGAGCAGCCCCUUCCGAGAAUGGAGUCUGAUUCAGGCCAAAACCAGCAUAAAUGUGUUACUUCUCGUGUUAGAUUAAUGUGUAACGUAUCCUAUGAGCUGCCGUUGGAUGUGUCCAGAGGGCAGGGAAGUCCAAUGGCCUUUAGCAUCCCACACUUUCCUACCCUCCCCUGUAAGACCUCUCUGAGCCUCACUUUCUUCAUCUGUACAAUGGGGAGACUGCGAUCUAGUCACAGGGAAGUCGUGCAGGUUCAGGGCAGUGGUGAAUGUCCAGGCUUGGCACGUUCACUUGAGUAUUUAUUCAUUCAUGCACGUAUCCAUUCAUUCAUAUAGCAAGGAUGUACUGAGGACCUGUCUGGGCCAGAGCCUGCCUCAGUGAGGGAGAGAGAGCAGCAAACAAGACAGACAGACAGACAGACAGCCACAGUUCAGACAUCAUGGUGCUUAAGAGACUAAAGGGAAAGACUCACCAAAAUCAAAAUUCUUUUAAGUUAACUGAUAAUAGUUAAUAUAUUAUAAGUGAAGAAAAUAAAUAGGAGUUACAGGUAAAAGAUUUCAGAUGGUCCAACUGGGCAGGAUGAUCAGGGAAAGACUCUGAAGAAAGUCACUUAAGGACGAAACAUGAGAAACAGGCUGCCAGGUGAGGAGCUGUGGGCUCUCCCACUAGAGGGAACAGCACGUGCCAAGGCCCUGGGGUGGUCAUGAGGAACUGUAAAGAAGUUAGUGCAGAGGAGUGAUGCCACUGAGCCAGUGCUGCCACUCCCCAGUGAGCUGGGGAGAGGGUCGAGAAGGUUCCCCCAGCACCUUUAUCAGAGAUCGACUCCUUGCCCAGUGCCACCAAAAACUGGAUUCAGCAUCACUCUGAAUGGACCUGUGGAGCUGAGGCAAAUCCCUGCCCCUCUCUGGACCUCAGUUUCCCGAUCUGUAAAAUGCAGGAGAGGGAUCACCUCUAUCUCAAAGUCUUUCAGAUCCUGGGUCAAGGGCCCUGGAGGGCCCGGUGUCCACUGCCCUGAGCCACCAAGGGAAUCAGAAGGAGGCAGAGAAAAUAAAAGGCUUGCCCUUGGGCUAAAUGGGAGUUAGGGGGUCAGCCAGGGGGGCUUGUGUGGGAAGGAGGGACUUUAACCACGUGUCUCUUCCUUGUUAGCUCUACACAUGUCAUUUCUGAAUCUUAGCAGGUUCUCUUGGUGCCCCCAAUUUACAAAUGUGGAAAUUGAGGCUCAGAGGAGUAAAGUUCCUUGCCCGAGGUCACACAGUGAGUUCUGGCUCGGGCUAAGUGGCUGUAGCAGAAAGACUCUAAAACUCAGUGAGUUAAAUAUUUCUCUUUUGUGUGA